AUGGCCAAAGAAGACCAGAAAUUUGCCAUAGGAAUCGACCUUGGUACAACGUAUUCGUGCGUUGCAGUGUGGCUGGAGCAACACAGCAGGGUGGAGAUAAUCCACAACCAGCAAGGCAAUAAAACCACACCUUCUUUUGUUGCCUUCACAGACAAGCAUAGAUUUAUUGGUGAUGCUGCUAAGAAUCAGACUGUCACCAAUCCUGAAAACACUGUUUUUGAUGCUAAGAGGUUAAUCGGUAGGAAAUUCAGUGAUCCCAUUAUUCAAAAAGAGAAAAUGUUAUGGCCAUUCAAGGUUGUUGCAGGUGUUAAUGACAAGCCUAUGAUCGUGGUUAAAUACAAGGGUCAGGAGAAGUCCCUGUGUGCUGAAGAAAUCUCAUCUAUGGUUCUCAUGCAGAUGCGGGAGGUUGCUGAGGCGUAUUUGGAAACACCUGUGAAGAAUGUUGUUGUCACAGUGCCUGCUUAUUUCAAUGACUCUCAACGUAAAGCCACUAAAGAUGCGGGUGCCAUUGCUGGCCUCAAUGUUAUGAGGAUAAUCAACGAGCCUACUGCUGCAGCUAUUGCAUAUGGCCUUGACAAGAAGACUAACUGUGUUGGGGAACGAAAUGUUUUCAUUUUUGAUCUUGGUGGUGGUACUUUUGAUGUGUCUCUCCUUACAAUUAAGGACAAAGUCUUCCAAGUUAAGGCUACCGCCGGAAACACUCAUCUAGGAGGAGAGGAUUUUGACAAUGAAAUGGUGAACUACUUUGUGAAGGAGUUCAAUAGUAAGAACAAAGUAGAUAUUAGUGGAGACCCAAGAGCCCUGAGGAGGUUGAGAACUGCAUGUGAGAAGGCAAAAAGGAUACUGUCAUAUGAUAUCACCACGGACAUUGAGUUAGAUGCUUUAUUUAAGGGCUUUGACUUCUGCUUCUCAAUCAGUCGCGCAAAGUUUGAGGGAAUUAAUAUGGAGCUCUUUGAACAAUGUAUGGAGACAGUUGAAAGAUGUUUUACUUAUGCUAAGAUGGACAAGAGCAUUGUAGAUGAUGUUGUGCUUGUUGGUGGUUCCUCUAGGAUCCCAAAAGUGCAGGAACUAUUGCGAGACUUUUUUGAUGGAAAGGAUCUGUGCAAGAGCAUCAACCCUGAUGAGGCUAUUGCUUAUGGUGCAGCUGUUCAGGCUGCUUUGCUGAAUGAAGGCAUGAAGAAUGUUCCAAAGUUGGAGCUACUGGAUGUUACAUCUCUAUCCCUUGGUGAAGUUACAAAAUCAGAUAUCAUGAGUGUGGUCAUCCCCAGGAACACUACCAUUCCUGUGAGCAAGACAAAAGAAUUCGUGACAACAAGAGAUAACCAAUCUGAAGUCUUGAUUGGAGUUUACGAGGGUGAGAGAGCCCGAGCCAGUGAUAACAAUUUGUUAGGUUCUUUUGUUCUUUCUGGAGUUCCUCCUGCUCCUCGUGGCCAUCCUGUGUAUGUAUGCUUUGUCAUAGAUUCAAAUGGUAUGUUAUCAGUUUCUGCUGAGGAAAAAACGACUGGAAACAAGAAUGAGAUUAUCAUAACCAACGACAAAGAAAGACUGUCUCCUGAAGAAAUUAUGAGAAUGAUUCAAGAAGCUGAGAAGUUUCAGGCUGAAGAUAAGAAAUUCCUUAGAAAGUCCAAAGCAAUCAAUUCUUUGGAUAUGUACGUUUACAAGAUGAAUAAUGCUUUGGAAAAGAAAGAUAUCAUUUCUAAACUUGGCUUACUGACAAGGGAGAUGAUUAACUUGGAAAUUAAGAUGGGUACAAAAUUGCUGGAUGGUAAAAAUGAGCAUGACGAAGCAUAUGUAUAUGAGGAUUAUCUGAAGGAGCUUGAGAGCUUCUAUGAAAACACAAUAGGCAAGAUUGGUUAAUAGCUUUUCCAAUUACCUUUUUGCUGUGCUGAUUUGUUAUCUUAACAUUGUUCAAGUUUCACUAUUUUAUAGGCGAUAUGUUUAAA